CCAUGGGGCAGAAGAAGAAGAAGAAGGUGUACCCCUCCAUUCGCGAAAUUUUGCUUUCCUGGGUACUAGGGCACGUUGACAUUCUCCACAAAUGAGGCUACAGACGCCCUUGCGACUCAUUGUGUUAGUCCCCGGCGAAAGUCUAGUACGUCGACGUGAAGGGAGACCUGAGCGGACGCUGGCGCCAUCUCGCUCUUCAAGGAUUUGGCACGCACUAGAUGCGCGUGCUUCGAUCAGCUCGUGGCCAUUGUCUCUUGUGCCUCAAGAAACGUACGAAGAAGCAGAAGGAGACAGACGUGCUUUGCUGUUCCUCCGAUUGAAACAUGAAGACAGAGGCGGAACCCCCAAUGAUCGAUGUGAGCCCAUUGCAGCGCUAUCCUCUGGUCAUCAUCAACCUGCUCCUGAUGAUCAUAUCCGGAAUAGUCGCCGCUAUCUCUAGCUACUCGCUGUACCUGCGUUGGGGCGACAUACACUUCCUGUCUAUCGCGAUCACGAUCGCAGUAAACCUGGAGAUCCCUUCCCUCAUCGUCUCGUGCUUCCUGGCCAUUGUCUCUGCGAUGGGAUUCAUCGGCGGCCUCCGAGAGAACAUUCUACUGCUCACCAUUUACUCGUACGCCAUGUGCUUCCUCAUUUUAGUCAGCCUGGCUUUAUCCGCGCUCUCCUUCUAUCUCCCUUCGCUGAGCAAGAAGACCAUCCACGACUACGUCACGGUAGAUCUCAUCGUCCACUACAGAGACAAUGACGACUUCAUGAGGGUCAUCGACUUCAUGCAGUACACGUUCCAAUGCUGCGGUAUUACAGAUGACGGCUACCGUGACUGGAACCAAAACAUAUAUUUCAACUGUAGCAGGACCAACCCGAGCUUCGAAAAGUGCAGCGUACCCGCGUCUUGCUGCUGUCGCCAACAGCCGGACGAAGACAUGGUGUCAGUCUUAAGCAGGCGUUUCUGUGGCCAGGAUGUGCUGUCAAAGACGCAGCAAGACGCUUGGGCGAAAAUUCAUACUCGAAGCUGCACCGACGCCGUUACGGCAAGAAUAAAGGCGUCCUCAUUCUACAUAGUCAUCGGCUGUUCCGUCGUCACAAUUAUCCUCACCAUCCUGCGUUCCAUGGCGCUCAACGUCAGGAAGGAGAUCGUCUCGGUGACUGGCUUCUACGAGAAAUACUACGCAGCAGUACGGCGCGGCGAGCGGAAGUCACUGGCAAAGCAACAAGCUCUCAUGAAUAUUCCAAAGGGCUGUGUGGAGAUGAAACGUAAACGGCAGCCUGCACCUCCGAAACCUCAACCAUCACCAGCGCAGCACCGUAGCCCAGUUCUGGUUCAUGGACAACCCCGGCACGCUCUUGACCCGGACGAGAUGGAAAGCAGUCCAAUGGCUCGUCUUCCCUAAUUUAGGGCGAAGUGACCCCUCAGGCGGCUCCGUGGGCGUAGAAAUAUAUACGGUGUAAUUAAAGGAGUACCGUUUGUG